AGGACCAACCGGUGUCGUUCAGCCUCGCUGCUCGUCUCGUCCUUCCGGUGCCCCCCGUCGCCCCACUCCCUCCCGACGCUAGCACCGUCGGGCUUGGCUGUGGGAGCGUAAUGGCGGUGCACCGGGGACCCUCUACGAAAUGGCUCUUCACCCGGGAGCAGCUCGAAAACACGCCGUCACGACGCGGCGGAAUAGAGGCGGACCGGGAGCUUUCUUACCGGCAGCAGGCCGCCAACUUAAUCCAAGACAUAGGCCAGAGACUCAACGUGUCUCAACUGAUUAUCAACACUGCGAUAGUCUACAUGCACAGAUUUUAUAUGAUCCACUCCUUCAGCAAAUUCCAUAGAAACGUCAUUUCUCAGACAACGUUGUUCCUGGCAGCAAAAGUUGAGGAGCAGCCCAGAAAGCUGGAGCAUGUCAUUAAAAUAGCCCACGCCUGCAUUAACCCACAAGAGCCAGCUGUAGACACUAAGAGCAACGCAUUCCAGCAGCAGACACAAGAGCUUGUAGCCCUGGAAACGAUAGUGCUGCAAACGCUGGGUUUUGAAAUAACAAUUGAUCAUCCACACACAGAUGUGGUGAGGUGUUCCCAGCUAGUGCGAGCGAGCAAGGAUUUGGCACAGACUUCUUAUUUCAUGGCUACCAACAGGUUAUUAUCCUGUUCCCAUUAUUGCACUUUAAUGGCACACUAUAACUUCCUGUCCUGCAGGGCCCCCCUUCCUGUGUCCAACGCCCUGUUUGCGACCUGGGUCCCCGGGAACCCCCCAGUGUGGGGCAGUACCGGCCAGGCCGCAGUGUGCGGUGUAUUGUACAAGGGCUCCCUGUUGGCACAUAGGGGUUGAAUGCACAAUGUGGAGUGUAG